GGUAAAAACGACGUUUUCGCAGAGAGAAAGACUCAGGUCGGUCAGUUCUUGUGUUCCUAGUUCACGGCUGGCUUAAAGUGGGUCUCUCGGACAGUCUUCUUCUAUGUAGCGGUGAGAUGAGCAGACGAUCUAGGAAAAAUCGCGGGUUUUCGGACUUGAUCUAGUGACCCGUGAGGUGCUGACCCCGCAGCGUGUGGAGAUGUUGCUUUCUUUGUGGCGUUUGGCGCUGGUUUUUGGUUUUUGUGCGAAUUGUGUCCUGGGAGGAGUGUGGAACAUAUACGAUUUGAAAUACUGGAGAUGCCUGCUGAAAAAGACCAAUGAAUGUCCAGAUAACGACAUAAAAUUCUACCUUUACACACAUGAAACCGGAAAGACGAAAAUAAGGAUCGAUAUAAGAAACCCGUAUUCCCUCAAACUUUCUGGAUGGGACCCAAACAAAAAAAAUGUCAUCAUCGUCCACGGUUUCAAUGGAACAGAGAGUAAAACACCCAUGACAAUACUCAGAAACGCGUAUCUGUCCAGACAUGAUUACAACAUUUUAACGGUUGAUUGGAGGCCUUUGGCUAGAUUUCCUUGCUACCUUUCAGCUCUAUCGAAUACGAGACUGAUAGCGCAAUGCACAGCAAAACUUUACGCUUUUAUGAUGGACAACGGGGCUGCUGCUGAAGAUACAACCUGCGUAGGUCACUCUUUAGGGGCCCAUAUUUGUGGUAUGAUCAGCAAUCACCUCAAUGUGAAACAGCACAGGAUUGUCGGUUUGGAUCCUGCAAGGCCCCUAAUCGAUCGAUACGCUGAUAAUGUAUGGAUGUUAACAAGAGAUGAUGCCCACCAAGUACUUGUAAUCCACACAAAUGCAGGAUUUUUAGGAGAAGUGAAUCAAAUAGGCCACGUCGACUUCUGCGUCAACGGUGGAAGAAUGCAACCCGGCUGUAAAGGUCACAGAUUAAGAAGGGCCCGUUGCAGUCACUUCCAGAGUGCUUGUUAUUUCGCUAAUACAGUAAGGAAAACGAACUCCUCCAUAGCUUAUCCUUGCAGCGGACAGUGCCCCAAAAUGGAUAGAAAUCAUUGGGGUUUGCUCUCAAGAAAUGGAAUUCCGAUGGGAGAAGAUACACCUUACGGCGCCAAAGGAAUGUUCUGCAUUGACACCCAUUCCAACACAGACUGCCCUUUCGACUAAGUUUAUAUAUUUUAUUAUUUAUUUUAGUUUUAAGAGAAAUAAACCCUAAAUCUAUUAC